UUUUUUUUAUAACUUCAUAGAAGCUAUUUUAGCAAGAGAUGAGAUGUGAAGUUUCCAGUUAAGAUUAUGAUAUUCAGUGUGGAAGAGGGAGACAUGCAGUUGAUUGUCACUGAAGAGGAGAGGAUUGUUGUCUGGCAGGUUGUGUAGAAUUAAUAGAUGGAGGAAUUAAAUUUUUUAUGCAUUGAACACGACUAAGUUUUCUCUGUCCCAAUCGGAAAACUUAGAAAGAUCAUAAAUCAGGCGUGGUAGAGUAUUGUCUGUGAUGUAACGUGAAGAUUGAGAUCAAGUCACUCCGGCAGCGGUGUGUUGGUGUGUUGGGUUGUUCUCCGUUCUCUCCUUUUGCAGGCUGCUGAAGGAGUGAGACUGAAGCACUGCACUCAGGCUUUCAAGACUCUCAACCUAACCCGGACCUUCCUACAGAAAACAAACCAGCUCCACAUCAUACAGCCUGAACACUUCACCACCGCAUACUGCACCUUUGGGGUACUGGAGGCUGUGACUCAGCCUGCACGGCCCCAACAAACCCCCAAGAAGAAAAAGAAAACUGGAGCACUGGAAGGAACAGGACCUACGAAGCGGUACAAAGCGUAAAAGGUCACAAGAAAAAGAAGAAGAAGCACUGUGCUGCGGCGCUGAUCGGGAAGUGGUUGUGUGAUGGCUUCCCAGGGCACGGAGAAAGCACUGGCACUGCUAAGGAGGCUACCCAGAGUAUCCCUAGGGAACCUCAAGCCAAACCCCGGGGCUGUUAAGAAUGCGAAGCGAGGGCGUGGCAUUCAUGGGGGAAAAACUCACGGCGCUGGCAGCAAGGGUUCAGGCCAGCGGCAGAACUUCAUGAGGCUUGGCUAUGAGACUGGCAAUAACCCCUUCUACCUCCGCUUCCCCUACCAGAACUACUACAAGGGACACCACAUGAGACUGUCAUACGCGCCGCUGUGCCUGGGCAAGCUGCAGCGCAUGAUUGACACUGGCAGGCUGCGCACAGACACCCCCACUGACAUCACCCAGCUCAGCGCCACACACCUCAUCACCGUCAACCCCGCAGACAAGAUGGGCGGUGUUAUGCUGACAGACGAGGGUAUGGACCACUUUGAAGCGAGGGUGAACCUGGAGGUACAGUGGGCGACAGAGGCGGUGAUUGCGGCGGUGGAGCGGAACGGGGGCACCAUCACAGUCGCUUAUUAUGACCCCAUCUCCCUGCAGGCUGCUCUUGACCCCAUGGCCUUCUUCAGCAGAGGAGUGGCCAUACCCCGCCGCAUGUUGCCACCACAGAACCUCAUUGCCUACUACAGUGACCCCAAGAACCGCGGCUAUCUGGCUGACCCCGAUGAGGUGGCCAGGGAGAGGUUUGUGCUGGCCCAGAAAUAUGGAUACAAGUUGCCAAACAUCCGAGACUUGACACAGGAGGCGAUGCUGCUUGAGAGGAAGGACCCACGGCAGGUGUUCUAUGGACUGGAGCCGGGCUGGGUUGUCAACUUACAGGACAUUAUUCUCAAGCCCACUGAUCCUGAACUGCUGGAACACUACUUGUCUUAGCCCCUUCAGUACUGGGACAUAUUUUCACCUUUUUUGUGUACCAUUGGACCAUUUUAUUUGUUAUGAAGGGUCAGAAGAUUAAUGGUCCACAGUCUUCACACUAUUUUAAUCCCUUCAGUA